AGUCCUGAGCCGACACAGUGGCCUCCGGACGCGUGCACGCCUCACCCCCCCCAGUCAUGACGUCACAUGGGGUAGAGCCCUAAGACUCUACUGGGGGGGGGCAGAGCUACCCGAGCUGGGACAGUCACUCACUCUCCUGGCUGUGGGGCUGGGCCAGACAGCGCCGCCCCCACCGCGCCCGCCUCGCACACCCUCUGAAGCGCAGGCUCGCGGCACUGCACUGGGGUGGGGGGGCUCCUCGGCACCCCAGUCUCGAGUCCCCAGCCCGCUGCACCUCCGGGCCCCCCUUCGCCCUCGAGAGGCACCAGGAGUUGUCGCAAGGGGGCCUCGGGAAAUUCCCUGGACCCCUGUGCCAGGAGGUGCCCGGUUCGCCCGCUCCCCAUCCACCCCCCCGAGGGCGGUGCCCGGGGGCGCUGCCCCAUGGAGCGGGGAGGCGGGCGCCGUCUGCUGCGGGAGCCGUGACCUGAGUCGGAGCUGUGUGUCGCAGCCGUCCCGACCCUUGCUGAUCAUGCGCCCGCGACCCUGGCUCGUCAGUCCCACCGGGCUGUGAGCCCCCCACUCCCGGCCUGUCACGGCCCGCGCGCCAUGGGCAGCGCCUACCCUCGCCCCUGGCUGCGGCUCCCACCCCGGCCCCAGCCGCGGCCUGAGCUCUGGGCGCUCCUGUUCUUUCUACUGCUGCUGGCUGCCGCUGUGCCCAGGUCAGCACCCAAUGACAUCCUGGGCCUUCGAGUACCAGAGCCUGUGCUCAAUGCCAACACAGUGUGCCUGACAUUGCCCGGCCUGAGCAGGCGGCAGAUGGAGGUGUGUGUGCGUCACCCUGACGUGGCCGCUUCUGCCAUCCAGGGCAUCCAGAUCGCCAUCCAUGAGUGCCAACACCAGUUCCGGGACCAGCGCUGGAACUGCUCUAGCCUGGAGACUCGAAACAAAAUCCCCUACGAAAGUCCCAUCUUCAGCAGAGGUUUUCGAGAGAGUGCUUUUGCCUAUGCCAUCGCUGCUGCAGGGGUGGUGCACGCAGUGUCCAACGCGUGCGCCCUGGGUAAACUGCAGGCCUGCGGUUGCGACGCCUCCAGGCGUGGGGACGAAGAGGCCUUCCGUCGGAAGCUGCACCGCCUGCAAGUAGACGCCCUGCAACGCGGGAAGGGCCUGAGCCACGGGGUCCCGGAACACCCUGCCCUGCCCCCUGCCAGUCCAGGCCUGCAGGACUCCUGGGAAUGGGGCGGCUGCAGUCCUGACGUGGGCUUCGGAGAACGCUUCUCUAAGGACUUUCUGGACUCCCGGGAGCCUCACAGAGACAUCCACGCUCGCAUGAGACUCCACAAUAACCGAGUGGGCCGACAGGCGGUGAUGGAGAACAUGCGGCGAAAGUGCAAGUGCCAUGGCACGUCAGGUAGCUGCCAGCUCAAGACGUGCUGGCAGGUGACGCCUGAAUUCCGCGCGGUGGGGGCGCUGCUGCGCAACCGCUUCCACCGCGCCACGCUCAUCCGGCCGCACAACCGCAACGGAGGCCAGCUGGAGCCCGGCCCUGCGGGGGUACCCUCGCCAGCCCCGGGCACUCCCGUGCCGCGCCGCCGGGCCAACCCCUCCGACUUGGUAUACUUCGAGAAAUCUCCCGACUUCUGCGAGCGCGAGCCGCGCCUGGACUCGGCGGGCACUGUGGGCCGCCUUUGCAACAAGAGCAGCGCGGGCCCGGAUGGCUGCGGCAGCAUGUGCUGCGGCCGGGGCCACAACAUCCUGCGCCAGACACGAAGCGAGCGCUGCCACUGCCGCUUCCACUGGUGCUGCUUCGUGGUCUGCGAAGAAUGCCGCAUCACCGAGUGGGUCAGCGUCUGCAAGUGAGAGAAGCCCAGGCUCCCCUGGGUCUCAAGAAAGGUUCUACUGGAGCCUGGCCUCUGCUGCUAGUGAUCUGGGCCUGUCAGCAUCCUCCUUGGCUCCUAGGAGAGGAGGUUGGACCUCUCAGCUCUGAGGGUCUGCAAUCACCAGACAGUCCAGACCUGUCUGACUUCUCACUUCUGUGGGUUCCCCUCUUCCUGUUCCAAGCUCAGACAGCCCCGGGUGGGGUGCUGGAGACAGCCCCACACCCUGGAACAUGUCAGACAGCCCAGCCCUGCAGGCCUGAGUCCUGUCAUCCUUUUUCCCUUUCCCCAAGAGUGGUAGGCAGUGCACAGAAACUGAUGGGCACUGUGGAAGGAGAUUAAAAUGAAGAACUGGGCAUAAUCAAGAUGAAGUGAAUCUUCAAAAGCCCCAGAUGCCCUCCAUCCUCCACCAUCUUCUGCCUCUAUCAUUCACAUAAUGGAUAGGAUAUUUAUUUUGCACUCUCUCUGUGGCACUCUUUGAGGGGUGGAGAGAAGCCCUCUUGGAGUUUACAUGCUUUCUGAGAGAGAUGGACAAUAAACCAGUAAACAUACAA